AUGGCAAUGCCAAUUUGCAACAUGGAUGUUGUUGUGCUUGCAACACUGCCACCCCCUUUCUUGUUGCAUCUGGCCGGACACGUCAGCGAGGUCAGCCUCGCCGUGGAGAACGCCGACGGCGCCGCUGUGAGCGGCGAGGGCGCCCUCCGGCUCCUCGCCGCGGCAAUGGAGGGGCGGAGGAGGGGAGGCGAGAGAGAGCGGGAGGAGGCCAAGGCGAGGUACGAGGUGUUCGUCAAGAACAAGAAGGGGAGGAAGGAGAGCAAGGCGCGAAGAGAGGUGCUCGUUGACCUGUGCUGCUCCGCCGCCAGCGCCGUCGCCGUGCUGGCCUUCUUCGCCACCGUCGUGCUCCGGUGA